AACUAUUCGAUAAUUGAUUUAUUCCUUUCAUAAUUGGGAUUACAUUGAUUGUAACUAAGGUGUGUGGAAGUGGCUGUAAUAAUGUUCACCCAAGACGGCACUCCAACAUCGGGAGACCUUGAACAGUUCGCUAAGGAAUUUAAACAACGAAGAAUCAAACUUCGUUUCUCGCAGACUGAGGUGGGCUUAGCGCUUGGAUAUCUUUACGGAAACGUGUUUAGCCAGACUACAAUCUGCCGUUUCGAGGCCUUACAGCUGAGUUUUAAAAACAUGUGUAAGCUUAAGCCUCUGUUGAUGAGGUGGCUCGAAGAAGCAGAUACUGACAGGCCUUUUGGAAGCGAGAGCGAGAAGUUGGAAGCUAAGCGAAAACGAAAGAAGAGAACAGCGAUUGAGGUUUCCGUUAAAAGUGUCUUGGAGAACGAGUUUUGCACAAACCCAAAACCAUCUGCUAGUGAAAUAGGCAUUCUGGCCACAAAUCUCGGCAUCGAUAAAGAGGUUAUUCGAGUGUGGUUCUGCAACAGACGACAGAAAGAAAAAAGGUUAACUUUGAAAGAAACCAAAGAACACGGAAAACCAUGUAGUGGUGAACAAUUUGAGGAGGAAGCACCGCAUGAUCUUGAUGAUAUGACAUCUUUAGCAUAAUUGCUGGUGUUUAAAUUGCACAUCUGUGGUGCAUUUUUGUCUGUUACUAAGUUUUAACAGAAGUACCAGCGUAUUUCAAAUAUUGUUUCCCUUCUUUGUUCGUUUUUACACCUACUCUAUUUAGCUUUCACUU